AUGGGUGGUAAUUUAUUAGAAGCUUUUGAUCUCUUUUUUAAAAAGUAUGAGAAACCAAAGUUUUUAUAUGCCGAAGGAAAUAAUUUAAAAGAAAUUCUCUUUUACUCAACACCAAGAUCUUUAAAUAUGAAAAACAACGCAAACAUUAUAGUAAUAGGAGAAUAA